UUGACCCACUCACAUACCCAUCUCACAUGGAUUUGUGAGAUAGGGAGCCGAGGAACAUCUGACCCACAUUCUCUCUCUUUUCCCCUUCUCUCAAUUUGCUCCUCUAAAGAAAUACCAAGAAAAAAAGAAGCAGCUCUUUUCUUGCUACCCCCAAUUGGGUUUGUUUAGCUCCAUUUUCCAUGUUACUAGUGGCAACCAAGUACUUACAUUUGGUCUUGUAACAUAGUUUUUUCACAUCUGUUCAUAAAUCUGCAGAAAGUUUUCAGCUCUCUGUUUCUGUUUCUUCCCUCGCCAUUCGUCGUUGACCCUGACCCAUUAGCUCCUUCUCGUCGUGGAUUCUUCUUUGUUGCUGCAAGGAAUCAAGAUUUGGGAAAUUGGCAAGGAACCCAGAAAGGCAUUUUGGGAUUUGGGUGGAAAUUUUUGUGGGAUUUGGAUUUUACAUUGUGAGCUGAUGAUUGUGAUCUCAAGCUGUUUAUUGCACUGUUUCUGAAGCUGUAAUUGGGUCUUGUACAUAUAACCCAAGAAGAAAUUUCAUUUUAGUGGAGAAUCUCUUAGGAGAUGCUGUAAUUCAAAGGGGAUGGGAUUUGGAAGUUCUUUAUCCUUAUCUUUUGGUUUUUGGACCAUAUAGUACUCAGUGAAAUUUGGGAAAUAAGAAUCGAUUCCUUGAAAAGAAAGGUGUUUGUCUUUGGUCUUUGAGGUGUGGUUUUUUUUUGGGGGGGGGGGAUUGAAGGAGAGCUGGUUAGCAUACCCAUUGCACUAGUCAUUAGAUUGUUGGAAUAGCCUAAGAUUUGGGGUUUUUUUUUGGGUAUGUAGUUCUUUCCAUGACUGAGCUGAGGAAAGUUUCAUAGUUUCUUGUGAAAGAGAAGACCCUGAAGAUGGCUGCAAAGCUUCUGCAUUCUUUAGCUGAUGAAAAUCCAGAUCUACAGAAGCAAAUAGGAUGCAUGACUGGGAUCUUGCAGUUGUUUGAUCGUCAGCAUGUACUCAGUGGAAGACAUAUGAGGCACAAGCGGCUUCCUCCUGGCACUUCUCAUCUAAAUAUCGGCAACGCAGGAAAAGAGUACAAUGUGUUUCAGAGAGAGGCAACUGACAUGUCCCUAAAUGAGAGUUUCAAUGAGAAACAAAGGUUUAAUAAAGAAUUAUCGAGAGCUUCUUUCUCUUCUUGCUCAUCUUCCUUAUCCUCCAGUGAGUACAACAAAACAGCUCCAUCACAAGCUUCUUCAUUCGAUCAGAUACUUUUAUCAAGAACGCCCUCAAGGGAUUCUAUAGCAAACCAGUCAAAUACGUCUCCUCGUGUCGGGAGGCAACAGCUUGAUCUUCGAGAUGUUGUGAAGGAUUCAAUGUAUAGGGAAGCCAGAACGUUAUCAGUCAAAACAUCUACUAAUGAGGAACCACCGAGUCGUUCUAUGAAGCAUAGAGACUCUCCAAGGCCUGUACAGCUACCUCAAUCCACAGAUGGGGCUUUGAAGGUUAAUACAAAUUGGAAACAGAAGAUGCCUGUUGAUUUAAAGGAGUCUCUUCUGGUUCUUGCUAAACUUCGAGAUGCACCAUGGAAUUAUAACGAAGUCGUAGAACACGAUCGACCGUCUCAAGAAGUAAAAGAUGGAUAUUUGCAAUCAUUCUCUAGAGAUGCUCCACGGUUUUCUUAUGAUGGGAGGGAGGUCGAUCGAUUAUCCUUUGAAUCGCGAGAUACCAUUCGGUCAGCUCCAAAAUUUAAAGACUUUCCAAGGCUCUCAUUGGACAGCAGGGAGAGUUCAAUUCAGGGUUCCAAAUCUGUGUCAAAUACAACUAGACAUUUGAAGAACUUGCAUGUUAGUGAUUGCUCUAGUGAAAAAUCUUCUGAUCCACCACGAUCAUCAGGAUCUCGAAAGCAUCCCCCUAGUGUUGUGGCAAAGUUAAUGGGAUUGGAAGCACUUCCAGGUUCACCCUUGGCUAGUGAUACUCAGGUUAAAGGUGACCCCUUUGUUAGCUCACUGGAUGGUGCAAGCUUUAUCAGGCCAAUUCGAACAGACUCUCCUCGGAACACGUUGAAAGGCCCAACUUCACCACGAUGGAAGAAUCCUGAUUUAGUUAUGAAACCUAUGCCAAAUUCAAAGUUUCCUAUGGAAGUUGCACCAUGGAGGCAGCCAGAUGGAACUCGAGCCUUUGAUAAAUCUGCUCUGAAGCAUUCAAAAGGGUUAGCUGGAUCGUCUAACCCCUUUCCUUCUGUUUAUAGUGAAAUUGAAAAAAGAUUGGAAGACUUGGAGUUUAAACAAUCAGGGAAAGAUCUUAGAGCACUAAAACAGAUCCUUGAUGCUAUGCAGUCAAAGGGGCUCUUGGAUACUAGGAAGGAGGAGGAACCUUCCAACAAUGCAACUCAAAGAGACAAUGAACCAAAACAGGAGAGCGCUAGUGUUAAUUCUAGGUUGACCAGCGAACAAAGUCGAAAAAAAAACCAAAAGGCUGCAACAACUAGCAGGGCUGAUUCUUCCAGGUGUGGGGAAUCUCCAAUUGUGAUCAUGAAACCAGCAAAACUUGUAGAAAAAUCUGGAAUUCCAGCUUUAUCAGUUAUUCAAAUUGACGGCCUUCCUGGUCUCCCGAAGCUUCAGAAAGCCCCAAAUGGUAAAAAGAACCCCAGUAGUAGCCGAGCAGUUAAAGAUACAUCUCCUGAAAAUAGUCACAGGGACUCUGGUGCAAAUCCCACCAAAAAGAAAGAUAAUGCAAGAAAUGUAAGACAAACGCACACUUCUUCAAAGCCUCAACAUUUACCCAAGGAAAACACCGUAAGUUCAAUAAAAACCACAGGGUCUGUGAGCCCAAGACUGCAACAGAAGAAGGCUGAGCAAGACAAACGAUCUCGACCACCAACUCCUCCAUCUGACACAAACAAAACCAGAUGGAAAUCCAACAGACAAGGAACUGAUUCUGGUUCUUCUGUCAGAAAACCGAGAGUGAAACCUUCCCAUGUCUCCCAAAUGGAUGAUCAAUUGAGUGAAAUAAGCAAUGAGUCGAGAACUUUGAGCAACCAGGGGGAUGACAUAUCUCAAAUGUCUGACAGUAAUUUAUCCUUGGACUCAAAGACAGAUAUUGAAGUCACCAGCAAUGAACUUCCUGCUGAAAUUAGUGGCAGCCAUUGUUUACAAAUGAAGACUUCAAAGUACUCAGAUUCUCGUUCAUUGGAAAAUGCAGAACUUGCUACUCCUGCUCCUGAACACCCGAGUCCGGUCUCCAUUCUUGAUGCUUCUAUAUAUAGGGAUGAUGAACCAUCUCCGUCCCCUGUUAAGCAGAUAUCAAAAGCCCUCAAAGGCAAUAGGACUUUAGGAUCUGAAUGGAGUGCCACAGAUAACAGUGUGGAGCCCGGUCUUAGCACAGAAAUCAACCGCAAGAAACUGCAAAACAUUGACAACUUGGUUCAGAAGCUCAGGCGCCUGAACUCUCACUAUGAUGAAGCAAAAACAGAUUACAUUGCAUCAUUAUGUGAGAAUACUGAUCCAGAUAACAGAUACAUAUCUGAAAUAUUGUUAGCUUCUGGCCUCUUACUCCGGGACCUCGGCUCAGGCUUAGCAACAUUUCAACUCCAUCCAUCUGGUCAUCCAAUCAACCCCGAGUUAUUCUUCGUUUUGGAGCAAACCAAGACGAGCAGUUUGCUAAGAAAGGAUGACUGCAGCUCUUUGAAACUUACAGAUUCAAAACUAAACCAAGAGAAAUCACAUCGUAAACUCGUUUUUGAUGCUGUUAAUGAGAUUCUUGCUAGAGAGUUGUCUGUUGUUGCUGCAUCACCAGAGCCUUGGACAACAUCCAAAAAACUAGCAACUAAAACUCUUAGUGCUCAAAAGCUUCUGAAGGAGCUAUGUUCCGAAAUAGAACAGCUUCAAACGAAGAAACCUGACGAGGACGAUAGUUUGGAUAGUGUCUUAAAGGAAGACAUGAUGCAAAGAUCUGAAAGUUGGACUGAUUUCUAUGGCGACAUCUCCAAUGUUGUCUUAGACAUUGAAAGAUUGAUCUUCAAAGACUUAGUUGAUGAAAUUGUAUACGUCGAAGCUGCUCAUUUACGUGCCAAGUCAGGCAGACGAAGACAGUUGUUUAAUUGAUAGUUUCUUCUUUUAACCUUUCUCCACCUCUAUCUGAUUUUACCCUUUCAUAGUGAUGGAACUUUCAUUUUUUCUCUAUAAUAUAUAUAAUGCUCAGAAGCAUUGUGACUAAUCAUUAAGAAGUGUUGCAAAGAUGGUUUACAAGUUUUCAAACCAUGAACAUAUUCUUGUUAUGAAUCAAUGUAUGUAUGCAUCUGAUAUUCUUUCUUCA